AUGCUGGCUGUAUCUACUGCGUUCAAACUAGUCCAGACUGUCCUCCACACUCACGGCGGUAUACGACUUCCAUAUGCUCUUGCUGGCUCAGCCCUUCCUCGUCCUCCAGAUCUGAAAGCACUGGAAUCUCCGGAGGACAAUCAGCGGGCGCGGACAUGGAUUGAAAGGUUCAAGACGCAGUCGAUAGCAAGGGAGCUCGUGGAGCUAACUUUCUCACGGAGCUCAGGUCCGGGCGGGCAGAAUGUAAAUAAGGUCAACACUAAAGCAACGCUGAGGUGUUCGUUGUAUGAAAAAUGGAUCCCGUCAUGGGCACGAGACGUUCUGAAGAAAUCGAGCAACUACGUGUCUUCAAGCGAAACGUUGUUGGUUACUUCCACAGUUCACAGGUCACAGGCGCAAAAUGUAGAGGAAUGCUUGUCCAAGCUACAUGCGUUGAUCCUCUCCGCAUCGUCUGCUGCCCUGAUCACGGAGCCUUCCGAGGAACAGAAACAGCGGGUACGACGGUUCGAGGCAGCCGACAAGGCACGCCGGAGGCAAAUGAAGGACAAACGGAGUGAGGUCAAGCGGACUCGCAGAGGCGGCUCCGACUGGGCCUAG